UCUAGAAGGAAGACCAGGGAGCCCAAAGAGGAAAAUGUGACACUUGGACCAACAGUUCGCGAAGGAGAGCAUGUGUUUGGUGUGGCUCACAUUUUUGCAUCAUUCAACGAUACUUUCAUUCAUGUUACUGAUUUGUCGGGGAGAGAAACAAUGGUUCGCAUCACUGGUGGCAUGAAGGUUAAAGCUGACAGGGAUGAAUCAUCUCCUUAUGCCGCCAUGCUUGCAGCACAAGAUGUUGCUCAGCGGUGCAAGGAGUUGGGCAUUACUGCUCUGCAUAUUAAGCUGCGAGCCACUGGUGGGAAUAAGACAAAGACUCCUGGUCCUGGUGCUCAGUCCGCCCUUAGAGCCUUGGCUCGUUCUGGAAUGAAAAUUGGGCGUAUUGAGGACGUGACCCCUAUCCCCACUGACAGCACCCGCAGAAAGGGUGGGAGAAGAGGGAGGAGGCUGUAACUUAUUUUCACCUCUGUCACAAAGCAGCCACUCUAUCACUGGCCAGACAAUUCCUCGUAGCUUUUGCAUUCAGUUUUGUAGUUUCUUAAUGUUUAUCAGGCUGAAUGUUGAUUUAUUUGAUGAAUUCAUCUUGGAUCAUCAGAUGAUGCUAUCGUGAUGCUUUUAUUGCGUUUUGUUUUACCAUCAUUGGAAAUGCCAAUCACCUUUAUGAACUUGAUCUUAAUGCCGUGCUUGUUAUAAGCUCUUGCGUUUAGCUGUAUCUAGCAUGUAUGGAUUCAGUGAAGCAUAAGCAGAUUAUGAGUUUGAUUUUUUGAA